UCCUCUACUCACAGGCUUCAAGUCUGCACAUCGCCUCACUGACUGCAGUCCUUUUAUACCCUGCGCUGCUGAAUUCUCUUUUCUGAUUGGAACUAUAUACAGGACACCUGAUUUCAACGGAGUUCCAUUUUCAUGGAGUCUUGGCGUCAUUUUCCUUUUUAACAGAGGUUACAAGGUCAGGUCCUGCAAUGGGAUGUCGUCUUCCUCGGAUGAGUGAAACCAAGCGCCAAACCCAUAGAGAGCGUCUGUCGAAACCUGUGCAGUAGCAUCAGAUUUGUGCAGAGCCGGCACGCCGACGAAAGCAGCAGCAGCAGCUCUGCCGCCGAACCGAAAUGUCGGAUGUCACGUCACCAACUCCAGAACCUCCUCAAAUCGUCAACCCUCCACCUCCCGAGGUGACGAAUGCCACUAAGCCCGGGCGCAAGACCAAUCAGCUGCAGUACAUGCAGAAUGUCGUGGUCAAGACUCUGUGGAGGCAUCAGUUCGCCUGGCCUUUCUACCAGCCUGUUGAUGCCGUCAAGCUCGGAUUGCCAGACUAUCAUAAGAUAAUAAAGAAUCCGAUGGACAUGGGUACCAUCAAGAAAAGGCUGGAGAACGUGUACUACUGGAGCGCCAGCGAAUGUAUGCAAGACUUCAAUACAAUGUUUACCAACUGUUACAUAUACAACAAGCCAACGGAUGACAUCGUUUUAAUGGCUCAAGCGUUAGAGAAGAUCUUCCUGCAGAAGGUUGCUCUGAUGCCUCAAGAAGAAGUGGAGCUGCUUCCACCUGCCCCUAAAGGCAAAGGUCGUAAACCUGGCCCAGUUGCAGGUCAGCAGGAGGGAACCGUGACUUCUGGCUCGCCAACCUCCGCGUUCCCGGGUGCCACUUCACCAGGCUCUCAGCCGCCAGUCAUCUCUCCUGCAAUACCUGCCGUCACGCCCAGCACACCCACUGUACAGAGCACACCCACCACCCCCAUCAUGCCUGGUAUGCCUCCUUCGCAACCUUUCGGCAAAAAGAAAGGGGUGAAGAGGAAAGCAGACACGACCACACCAACUACCUCUGCCAUUACAGCCAGCAGGAGCGAAUCGCCCACGCCUCUCUCCGAGAACAAGCAGGCCAAAGUGGCACUGCGAAGAGAGAGCACCGGGCGACCCAUCAAACCGCCCAAGAAGGACUUGGACGACGGAGAAGCGGGUCAGCACGCAGGCAAACGAGGCCGGCUCACCGAGCACCUCAAAUACUGCGACACCAUUCUGAAAGAAAUGCUGUCCAAGAAGCACGCCGCGUACGCCUGGCCGUUUUAUAAGCCUGUCGACGCCGAAGCACUCGAACUGCACGACUACCACGACAUCAUCAAACACCCCAUGGACUUAAGCACAGUCAAAAAAAAGAUGGACAGUCGGGAGUACCCUGACGCACAGAGCUUCGCCGCCGACGUGCGAUUAAUGUUCUCAAAUUGUUAUAAGUACAACCCACCCGAUCACGAGGUCGUCGCCAUGGCACGAAAACUACAGGACGUGUUCGAGAUGCGGUUCGCGAAGAUGCCAGACGAGCCGGCGGAGGUGAACGUGGCGGGCGCUGCUGCUGGAGCGGGCGUGGUCAGUAAAAGCACGGCGAGCAGUGAGAGCAGCGGCGACUCCUCUAGCUCGGACAGCUCCGACUCUGAGGAGGAGAGAGCCACGCGCCUCGCCGAGCUGCAGGAACAGGUGGGUGCGGAACAGCUGAAAGCCGUCCACGAGCAGCUAGCUGCUCUCUCACAGGCUCCUGUCAGCAAACCAAAGAAGAAGAAAGAGAAGAAGGACAAAGACAAGAAGAAAAAAGACAACAAGCUUAACAAAGGCAAGCUGGAGGAGGAUAAGAAGGCUAAGGCGGGUCAGCCUGCGAAACCGACCCAGCAGAAAAAGGCACCAGCGAGGAAAGCUAACAGCACUGUCCCUGGCAACAGGCAAGCUAAGAAGGGCGCCAGAGCAGGACUCGGCUACGAGUCCGAGGACGAAGACGUGGCUCUGCCCAUGACGUACGACGAGAAACGGCAGCUGAGCCUGGACAUUAACCGGCUGCCCGGAGAGAAGCUGGGUCGAGUGGUGCACAUCAUCCAGUCCCGCGAGCCCUCGCUGCGAGACUCGAACCCCGACGAGAUUGAGAUCGACUUCGAGACACUCAAACCCUCCACCCUGCGUGAGCUCGAGCGAUACGUCAAAACCUGUUUACAGAAGAAACAAAGGAGACCUUUACAGAAAGGUGGCUCUGGACCAGGUUCAGGUCCCUCGCGGCUCAGCGGCAGCAGCAGCUCUUCAGACUCGGGCAGCAGCAGCUCCAGCGGCUCGACUUCAGACAGCAGUGACUCUGACUGAUCCUUUUUAUUUCCACUUUUAAUUAUUUCUUCUUUUUUUUUUUUUUUAAAUGUCAUAUGCAGUCGUGAUUUGUUUCUCGAAGACUUUUUAUAAGCGCGAGAGGAAAAACAAUAAAAAUGCAUCAUGUCUGAACAUUUUUUUUUUUCUAAGAAAUACCAUUAUGGGGGAAAAAAUUGCAAAAAAAAAAAAUUUAAGCGAUUUACACAUUUCCACUGAACAUGAAGGGGAUGUUUUAGCUAUAAAGCAAACAGAACCUUCACAACCCGAUUGCAACUCUGUUGGAAUUUAAAUAAAAAAAAAAAAAAGUGGGGAAAAAAGAAACCAAUGGCUUUACUGGGCAAGAAAGAAAUAAUGGAAGCUUGUGGACGUUUUUUUUUUUUUUUUAAAUUAUUCCCCCCCCCCCCCCCCCCAAUGAACCAGAUUUCCCAAAUCAGCUCCUCUUCUUCAUGUGCAGGCUGUGUAUUUAUUAUUAUUUUUUCCCUUUUAUUAUUAUUUCUUCUUCUUUCUUUCUUCCUUUGUGCCAUCAGUAGAUUAUUUUCUGCUCUUUAUUUUAUUUUUUAAACACAUUCAUCCAAAUCACCGGUGUCCAUGUCAGCUCGGCUGGGCGUCUGCUUCGGUUUUGUAUCCAAAUCCUAUGUUUUUAGAUUUAGAAAAUCAAUUCGAUGUCACACGUAAAAAAGAAAAAUCGCAUUUUCAGGAGAGACGGUGUGUAUUGGGUGGGCAGGGCGGUUGUUAUUGAUCAAACACUUGGUGCAUUGAGGUGCUAGUCUUCCUUCUUUGUAAACCACGUUUCAGAGUGAAUGGAUGUUUUUCAACCUGAUUUUUUUUUUUUUUUAAUUCCCCCAUGUACUUUAAAUACUCGAUUGAUGUCAUGUAACAACCAUUUCUAAAAAGUUUAGUCUCUUUGGAAUAAUCAUGGAAUCAGAGUCUUCCUUCAGUCACGCUCAAACGACACUGAUAUCUCUGAAUGUAAGUGGAAAGAAAAAAAACCAACCAACCAGGUGUUGCAUUACACAUGUACCUUGUCAUAUGAAUAAAUGAUUGUUUAUUGCCCAGCUAUAUUUUGCUCCCACUUCACCCUUAAUCCAUGUGCUGCCUGUUUUAUUCUGAUUUCAUAAAGUGGGUCUUAUCGUUCCUUUUUAUAUCGGUUUUUGAUUCCCUUUAUAAACAUCGUAAGGUUAUAUGAUCCUUGUUUAAAGCCUUUUCCCCAUUCACAGCUUGAAAAUGCAAAUUUGCCUUAAUUUUUAUUUUAUUCUUAUUAUUUUUUUAAUCAAAACCAAAUUCAUAAGACUCCAACACUUAUUAAAGCACUACUUUGAUAGUCGUGAAAUCUUUUUUUUUUGUAUUGUAUAGUAUAAUUUGGUGGCUUUUUUUUUUUUUUCUUUUUCAAGCAGUAAAUCUGUCCCAAUUUUUAAUUUUCCAGAACAUUCUGAUCGCAUUGCUCAUCAAGCCAUAUCAGGUUUUACCAGAGUAAUAUCUUUUUAGAAACAGACUGAAAACUAUCUAUAAAGUAUAUAGAGAAUAUAUAUAAAUAAACAAUUUUAGCUCAUUUUUAGGCCCUGGGUUAAAAUGAAUGAUGCUCUUUUUUUAUAUUUUGAAAAAAAAAAUCAUAAUUGAAAAAAAAGCAAGAAGAAAUGUUUACUUUUUAUCUUUGACAUGCAUGCCAGUUUAUUGUAUCUUUCUUAUACAUUUUUGAGCUGUUUAUAGUUCUGUUCUUGUAAAUAUCAGUCGUUGGAACGGAGGAUUCGGUGUCAGUAGAUGUAGGCUUGUUCAGCAGACUGUGGGCCCCGGGGGCUGUGCACGCUCACAUAUGCGCGUACACACACACACAGACGUUAACGUUUGAUGUAAUCGCCUACCUGGAUUCUCUUCUUUGCCGGUUAAAUUGUUUUUCAUAAAAUAAAUGAUGAAAAUACCCUUA